GAGAACACACGUGGGGAACAUGCCCACAGCAGAUUCUGGUUUGUCAGAUGGGUCACCUGACAGCCCACAUGCUAACACCAUAACACAAUUGGAGCAAAUGUUUAAAAAAAGAAAAAAGGAAACGAAAACACGAAUUGCGUCUAGUUAUACCUAGUUAUAUUCCUGUGCCCAAACAAUUAUACAGCCGACCAAAUGUCAGGAAAAGCGUCAACUUCGGGAAUCUGGAGAGCAAGAAUCAGCGAUGAGCGGCUGUCAUCGUGCACGCAGAGUCCUUAUGAACUGCUCCGGCCGCGGAUGGACGACAUUUUAGGAGAUGGAGGAAUCCUGAAGGAAGUUAUCCAGCCAGGAGAGGGUCCACCCGUGCCCCAAAAUGCUUCAGUAAUAAUUCAUUACUCUGGAUUCCUGGAGUAUUCAGACCAACCCUUUGAAUCCACCACUAACAUGAAAUAUCCUCGGAUGAUGAAGUUGGGGAGAGAUGUGACUCUAGCUGGACUGGAGCUCGGCCUGCUGACCAUGAAGAAAGGAGAGUUCUCCCGUUUCCUGCUCCAGCCCCAGUAUGCAUAUGGAGAGAUGGGCUGUCCUCCGCUCAUCCCUUCUGCAGCCACGGUUCUUUAUGAGGUUCAGAUCCUGGACUUCCUCAACUCAGGACAAGUGGAUGAAUUCAUAGCAAUGUGUCCGGAGGAGCAGAACGCUGCCCCUUUCGCCACGCUUCUGGAAGUCGUUGCUACAGUUCGCAGCUUUGGCAACCGCUGCUUCAACCAGAGCCGAUACGACAAUGCCAAAGAUCGCUAUAAACAGGCAGUAAUGCUGCUUGAAAACAGGGACACCGAUUAUGAAGCAGAGAAGGAGAAAAUAAAGGCAGCUCUUCUCCCUCUCUUUCUGAACCUGUGUCUCACUGAGCUCCGUUUGGACAGCCCACACAAAGCCCUGAAAUAUGGCAGCAAAGCAUUGGGGAUAGACUCCACCAACACAAAGGCUUUUUUCCGCUGUGGACAGGCUUACCUGGAGCUGCAAGAGUAUGAAAGAGCACAGGGAUGCCUCAUAAAUGCUCAAGCAAAGAAGCCGUUUGACAGUGACAUCAACAACCUCCUGAGGAAAGUUUCCAUAUGCUACAAAGAAAGCCUAGACAAAGAGAAAGACAUGUAUUCGAAGAUGUUCAGAGAGCCGAAACAGCCGGUGAAGAUGUCGCCAUCUGACAGCGGUGAGGGAUUAUGUUCAAGGACUGUUGAUUCCUCAGUUUGUCUGAAAGGCAAAUGUAGGAUGUAAAAAUGUAAAAGGGUGUAAAAUCAGGAUGUAAAAUUACAAAUGAGUUCUUUGUUCAGCAGGUUUUUUUUUUAGAUUGAACAGCAUGUUUUCUUUUGGUUGCUACCAAUGUUAAAAGUGGUGCUUUACUCGUGUUCUGGAGGGAUAGCAUUGAUGUGUUCUUCUUUCAGAAUAAGAUGAUUCUUUUGCAAGUGUUUAAUAAUAUUGCUCAGUGGUUUCUCUACUAGAAUCUCUUUAUGUCUGAACGUUUUUACUUCCUUAGGUGAAUUGAACAUUUUUUUUUACUUGAGUUAAUCUUUAUGGACAAACAUUCUACGAUGGGUUGUUUAAUGGCAGUUUACCACUGUAGUUCUUCAGAUAAGAACUUUACUGUUCCUGCGUUCUCUAUUUAAGGAGGAAAAAAUCAGACAAUUUAAACUAGCACCUGUGGGAAAUUACUUUUUUGUUAAAAUUCUCAAUUAUUAGAGUAGAAGGAUUAAAAGAUCUUUGAUUUAUUCUUGGAUCAUCUUA